UUGCAGGCGACAUGGGAGGUUAUUGUCGUAGGUCUCCGGACCCUAGCGGUUUGGCAUGCCCCGGGAAGAUGGCAUGGUUGGAGCUGAUGGGGAAGACGGCGAACGAGGCGGUGAGGAUGAUAGAGGACGAUAAUAGGUACAUCGAUAACGUCGUCGUGGUGCAUGAGAGGCCCCCUGGUGUUCCUUCCGACGAAGUUCAGUGCUGCAACCGAGUCUUUCUUAUUGUUAAUGACCAAAACAUAGUGGUGGAGUUCCCCUAUGUUGGUUGACACCAUCUUCUUCUGUGCAUGCAUGUGUUGCGCCUCUUGGAUUUGACUCGAUCCUGACGCUUAAUAAUAAAAAGAAUAAGGUCUUUCUAAAGACCAAUAACAAUAAUAAUAAUUACGCUUCUGUUUUUGCUAAUGACCGAGAUGUUUUUAUCAUGGUUUAGAGUGCUGUUCGGCUCCUGUAAUUCC